AUGUCUCACAAUAAAGGAAAACCUGUACUAGAGUUGUUCCGGGAAACGGAUGAUGACAAUGAUAACUAUACCAACGAGUUCGAAACCGCAGAGCUCAUCACAACAACGAGAAAGUUUUUGGUGCAGCAGUACGAAAUUGAUAACGCCCUAAAAGUCCUAAAUCCUAACAAUGUGCACCACAACAACCGGCGUUCUUCUACACUUGGGCAACAAACUGGCACUAAAGAACAAAAAAUGGGUAUCCGUUCAACAAAUUCGCAGUGUCAUCGCAACGCUUACUCAUCUCCUGAUGUAAUUCAGCGGGCGAAUCAGCCUAAUCGCCCAAGCUAUUCACACCCCAAUACCUAUGCUAUGACUGAUCUCUCUCCCGAGGAGUUUGCAAAGUACACAAAGCUCAGACAUGUCGGAAGAGGCGCAUAUGGUGGAGUCUACCAGGCCAAACAUGCUGACACAGGAGAAAUAUAUGCGAUGAAGGUUAUUGAGCUUGAUCACACGCACUCUGACUCCUCCUCAAGAAACGGCGUGGCAGCAAAUGAUAAUCAGCACUUGAUGAAUGAAAUCCUCAUCAUGAAGCAGUUCGACCACGUCAACGUUGUGAAAUUGUUCCAUUAUCAUUUAAACGAGAUGUCUAUGAAUCUGAUACUAGAAUACUGCGAGAGUGGCUCUUUGAGAGACCGUUACAGAGCCAAGGGACCUUUGCCUGAACAUGAGGUUAUAGGAUAUAUCAAACAGACGUUAGAGGGACUAGUUUAUUUGCACAAGAAACGCUUCAUUCACAGUGACAUUAAAGCAGCGAACAUUCUGCUUAAAAAUGGCGUUAUAAAGCUUGCAGAUUUUGGUGUCAGUAUCAAAUUUGACGCUAAGGACGAUAUGGAAACGUUGAAAAACAAGAAAAAGGAAGCAAACGGAUCGCCUUAUUGGAUGGCACCAGAGGUUAUUAGACUACAAGGAGUCUCAACAGCUUCUGACAUUUGGAGUUUGGGAGCUACGGUAGUGGAACUACUCACCACUCAGCCGCCCUUCUACCAGCAUGAUCCGUUCCCUGCGUGUCACGCGAUCGGAUCGGGAGAGCCUCCAAAUAUACCAUCGGGAAUUUCUCAAGAGUGUUUCCAGUUUCUAACAGCUGGGUGUUUCCAACAGGACAGGAAAGCUAGACUCAGUGCAGAACAGCUCCUGCGACAUCCAUGGACUCAAGGAGAAAUUAAACAAGAUGAAUCACAUAAAUCCAGCCUCAAUCGCGAGAACAGAACUGGAUUUCUAAAACAAUAUAACGAGACGUUCCAGGACAAUUACGAUAAUGAUUUUGAAGAGCGAUCCAUAAAUCUGUUGAUGACUAUCAAUACCAUGAAUAAAAAACAAAGGCUUGAAAUCUACAAAGAGUCUAUGUCAGGAGAAAGCGAGGACGAUUUCAUGGACGUUUUCGAGAUCGAAGAUUUCAAAGAUCUAGACAUUGGAAGUCAAAAGGAAACCGACAUAAGAGAACAAAAAAGAGCAUACAUUCGGGAUAUGAUUGACCGCACCGAGCAAGCAGAUUUGGAAGAGUUGCAGCUGAUUUACAAGUUUGUGACCGAAGACGACGACUGUGGCCAGGACGGUGAAAAGUUUCACGCAGGGCUGAACUUCGUGAUAAAAUGCCUUAUUGAACAGAAAUUUGUGUAUAAGCUUACGUCAAGGCUGUUGACAGAAACUUCUGACGAUUGCAAAAUUGAGCUCAUGAAAAUUGCAGUCCAGCUCUUCCUACAUGACACUCAAAGUAUGGUGACAUUCUACCAUUGCGGAUGUACCUCGAGACUCAUCAAGGCUUACUACGAGGAGGAAAGCGUCUUUACAUAUUUGUCCAUGCUUGUGAAGUCCAAUUUGCCGACUCUGUCUCUUAUAUCAACAGAUAUCUGUGAAGUGCUGGUCUUGACGCUGAAAACUGGAGACUCAAUGAGACAAAAUUCAUGCGUUGAGCUGCUGCUUGAACUUUUCAGAAACGAGAAAAUUGAGAAGCAGGGGAUGUCUGCAAUUCUAGUUACGCAUUCUGUUCCGAGAUUGCUUGCCACCAGUUUGAGCAACAUUAGGGGCCACAUGAGUGAAGCACAACUAGCAGUGGCUGCUAGGACCGUCAAGCUUCUGGCUAAAGUGGCGCACUACUGUUCCGAUAAUCUUCGAGGCAGAUUCUUUACUGGCGAUUUCUUCACAUGCCUAUUUAGGAGAUUCGCAAAACUGCCUCUUGAGUCGAAACUCGAGAUGGUGAGGAUAGUGAAUAAGUGCGAAAUGUUUCUGGAUGGCGCUUUGGAAGAUUUAGAUAAUUCACAGAUUCAGCAGAUCUUCGAUCAGCUUCUGGAGGACCUCUCCUCGGAGGACUGUUCUAAAGCAUACGAAAGAUUUGUGAAAUGUGCAAUACCUAUUCUUCAAAAGCUAUGCACUUUGGAUUCUAGCCGACAUGUGGAUUUAUUGUCCACGAGCAGCAUCGAGCUUUUCAACCACUUGCUUAAGCUCUUUGCCAACUCAAAACGGAACGAGAUAAUCAGAAACCAGGUAGUUGAUAUUUUUGCAGCUGCGGUCGGCAAUCCUGAGCUAUCCCAGGUGUGCAGGCGAUACGGUGCAAUCGAGAUUCUGAUUAACAUUCUUGACUACCCCCAAUACCGACUUUUGGCAACUCGCAACAUAAGAUGCCUCGUGGAGACAGAGGGUGACAUCCUUGAUGAAGCACUGAAAAGAAAGCCAGUGCUUCUUAACAAGAUCGUGGCAGCUUUUAAACUCGAUAACGACCUCGAUCAAUUUCUCAUGGAGUUUACUAAAGUGCUCGAGAAACACCGUGACAAGUGGGUUCAUUCGAACAGAAAACACACUCAGUCAUUCAGCAUUUACAACUAUAUGUGCUCUUCCGAGGAGAUUUUGAACUCGUUAUUUGAACGGCUAUCGCAGCCGGAACUAGUCGAUCCUCUGUUGGUUCUCCAGCUUUUCCAGGUCUUAUACAGUCGCAAGCCGCAGAGCUUUGUGCUCCGAGAGUUCCAGCCGGCCUUUCAGGAUUUGCGGGACGAACUACUGAAGGGAAGUGGACCCAGUGACGCUCAAAAAGACCGUUUGAUCGAUAUCAUUGAUGACAUUUUGAUAGAACGCUAA